CAUACAAUAGCUCUAUACGUGUAUAUGAACACGGAAAAAUUACAAGUUACCAGUAUAAACAAAUGAUUAAGCAGUCCAGAUAAUGUUGGUGCGCGAUCACCAACAACCACAAAUACCACCUCACGCAGAGGCGCAAUGAAAGCAUGUCGCUUCUUUUUCGAACUUUGUUUGAAGUGUCUUCUGGUCAGGAUAAGCUUUGCCGUGGCCAAUGAUCUACAUGGAACGUGUGCCACAGAAGCCUCAGUCUCCGAAGAAAGAGAGAAAGCAGAAUGGAUUGCAAAAGAGAACGGCAGCAUCGUCUUUUCACAACCAGCAUGUCUGGACGAGAACAUGAACCUGAUCACCAGAGUCUGCUUGAAUGGCACCUGGAUCCCACCGCACAUUCCCAAGUGUUCGAAGAUCAUAAAAAACUUCUGCCCUGUCUACGAGUCCUUCUGCUUCUUCAUUUCCACGACAGAACAGAUCGACGAGAAGCAAAAGACGUACAUGAACGGACACUCCUUGGUCAGGAUACCGAAGUUCAUUAAAGAUGUGGUGUUGUUCAAAAGAUCUCAACCAUUUGGUCCAUACGAGCCUCUUGCUCUGGAUAUCCACAAUGCAAACAUUUCUAAUAUCAGUUAUCCUAUGAACAUGACUGAACCUGGGAAGGACUGCGCUGUGAUCGAUGUUGAGACUACAGAUGUUAGGCAAGAAUAUUGCAACAACAACUACAGUCAGUUGUUGGUAUACAAGGAGGAUGACAUUGUUGAUUUGUGCCCUGAUGGAUGUGUCAGCGCUGGCUUCGGUACCAAAAGAUGUUACUGUAUACGUAGGAACAAAUGUGAAAAUACAACAAUAAUAGCUUCACCCUAUGACCAAGAUAUCCUGAUGAAGAUGCUUGGGAAUAGAGAAUGUUAUGUAGGAGAUUCAAAGUUAGACGGAUUUAGAUCUUCUAUAGGAAAAAACGGCUGGAGAUACACGAGGAACAGCCUGCCAUGUACCAUCUGUACCGUUCGGUCUCUUCAAGUUGACACAAAGAUGAUUUUAUAUUUCGACGAGUCACACAGGUCUCUCUCGCUGACCGUCUACCAUCCUGAGGGAAUUUUUCGAAACCAGUACGAUAUGAUUUACUGCUACACAGAUGCUACCAAAGCCUUGAAGAGCAGAGUAUCAAUCAAAAGAGUCUUUCAAGAUGAUAGACAUGUGCCAUUUGCUGUUUAUGAACUCAAACUGGAAAAAUAUAUGGGAAUGUAUUGGUGUGAAGCAUUCAAAAUCGGUACAACAGGUGAAGUCGUAAAGUCUAAUAGCGUGAUUGCCUACAAAAAGAAAGAAGGAAAUGAGUACGCCUUGAAGAUAUUCGUCAAUGAAACCUGUACUGGAUGCACAAUGGACAAAGAUGUGGAAGAUUUGAUUCCCGAUGAAAUCCCUAAGAUUUUCCGUCAUAUUCGCUGUGAACUGAGGGUGAUGAAAGUGCACUUAUACCCCAAUGGCACUAUGGACUUGCUGCUACAUAUCAGUACUGGUCGUAGAAGAGAAAUUAUUAAGGAGUACUACGACCUCAGGGAUAAACUGUAUAGCAAACGACGCUCUAAAGUAACUGUGAUUUCCUUCAAAAGUGCAGAGUACUGUUUACCAUCGAGCUCUUGGGCUGGGAAGAAACUCACAUGGCCGCUCACGAAGAUCGACGAGACCAAGUUGCCCGAUGAACCAUGUCUGUUAUCCAAUGGGCUUCCUAAUUCCAGAACUUGCAAAGGAAGCUUUAUCGAAGGAGCAGAUUGGGGGGAAUCAUCAGAAUUCUGCACGGAAAGCAUCCUGCCUUCGCCUGCAGCAGAAUAUAUGCGUUCUAUCAUAGAGCAGAAUAUCACUAAUGAAGUAUUGAACAACAUCACUGAUAUUAUGACUGAAGAUAAUGACAUUGGGGUUUUGGGGGUGUACUACGUUGCGCAAGUUUUGAAAAAAGUUAGCGAAGAAAACAGUUCGCUUGCUAAACAGGUAGCUGACCUUACUGAUGGACUGAUGUCUGUUAACUCCACAUACCUGAAGGCUGCUCAAGAACACAUGAAUGUUACGGAUGACGUCUUGGAUGCGGUGGAGACAAUUUUUGUCCAAGCGGAUACAAGGCAACUGGUUGCUGAAGUAGACAUUUCAGAAGUCGUCGAUCCAAAAAUGUUUAUUUAUCAAAUGAAUAAUUUCAUCACGUAUAAAACUAUUCCUCUCGAAAGUAAUGUAACCGGCAUAAUUCUUUACGGUAAUGCUCGUAACAAUAAUUUCACUGUUGGAACUAUCCUUAGAAAUCAAUCCUUCGAUGACAUCAUCUACGAGGAAAGUUUGAUCCUUGCUACCUAUGUUCCUGAUGACAUCAUAACUGACAUAGAACGUACAGGCUCAAACUUUUCUCUUAUAAUAACAAUUUUUCUGAAUGAUACUUUAUUUGUCAAAACUAAUGAGUCAGAUACGAGGAAGCCAUUUGGUCCAGUCAUAAAUGUAGCAAUUCCCGAAUAUACAUCCUAUCUUGCUAGCCCAAUUCCUAUUCUCUUCAAAUCAACUGACACUAAUGUAGCUCCUGAAUGUGCCUUCUGGGAUUAUGGCAAGAAGACAAGGAGAAGAAAAGGUGUUUGGUCAAACUUAGGUGGAACCAUCAACACUUUUGAAAACAGUAGUGAUUUUCAUAUAUGCUACUUUUCUCAUCUAACUCACUUUGCUUUGCUGAUCGCUAGCAAGACGGAAGUAGACCAUACGAUAACUAACACUACUGAAUAUAAUUUAGAGACCAUAAACCUUGUUGCAGACGUAUUCACAACGAUUGGUUUGUUAGGAAUAUUCUUGACCGCCAUCAUCUUUCAAAAUUGGAGAAGUAAACCAGGUACGAAAAUCCUACUCAACAUUUGUUUUGCCAUUACUUUGGAGAUUUCUAUGAUGGUUCUAUCUAACUGGAAGUCUCUUGUCAAAAGUGACACUGGAUGCAAAAUGUUUGGAUUUCUAUUACACUACGCUGUAUUAAGCAAGUUCACUUGGCUUCUUGUUUACGCCAUACUGCAGUAUAUAAGGUUUGUCAGAGUACUUGGACCUUAUCCCAGCAAUAUAUUGCUCAAAGCUUGUAUCUUAGGAUGGGGAUUUCCAUUGAUACCAACAGUUGCUACCUAUGUAUCUUUGUCAGGUACGUACAGCAUCAAUCAUUUUGGAUACUGCUAUCCCCAGAAUCUCUCUUUGUUCAUUGGAGUACUACUUCCUAUAGUAGUGAUAAUUCUCGUUAACUUUGUUAUCUUCUGUAAAGUAAUGUACGAAGUAUUUCACUCAAAUAUUGAAACCAACAAUAGCAAAAUGAAGGAUUCGUGCAGGCUCCAAAUUCAAUUGGCAACGUUACUUUUUUUUGUUCUUGGUGUACCAACUGUUUUCAUUUUAGUCGCCAAUUGGAUCACUGUUAGAUGGCUGAGAGUGGCACUAAUCUACAUCUACUCAAUCACUUCAAAUCUAGAAGGAUUUAUUCUGUUUCUGUUCUACGUUGUUUUCAAUGGUGAAACCAGGAGAAGAUGGAGACAGUAUUAUAAUACUAAGAUACGUAGACGAAGUUUGACCAUACAGACUAACACAAAUAGCAGCAAAGUCAGUUAAAUAUGAUCUCUUACCAUACAAAUUAGUACAGUGAGAGAAGAAACAUACAGAUAAAGUCUGAUUUUACUUAAUACUGAAUGAUGUUGAAUUUACAGGAUGCGAGCUCGAAUGCAUACUUAUGCAUUAUUUUCUUUAGUUUUAUCAUGUUUCUUGUUUCCAAUGAACUGAAUAAUUAGUGCAAGGCUAUGUCCAGACAUCUGACAAGUUCUUUGCUUCAAUGCGAUGUCACUUAGUAUGGAAGAUAAUAGUUUGACUCUAUAUUGCGAUAACUUGCCAAUAUGUUACUAUUGCUACAAAAAGUUCCUCAGUAUCACAAUCUGGUGUAGUCAAGUAACAAAAUGAAAGAGAGUAUCGUAGCUCGUCGUAUGUCACUGAUAAGACGGAUCUCAUCAUAUUCAAAGAUACUCCGCGUUAACAGUUGCGUACUAUCUUCCAUUGACUAUAGUGAUAAUCAGUUUUAUAAGUAUCUAAUGAUAGGUAUCAAACUAACUCGUCGUGUAAUUUUUUACAAUAGAACAAUGGACUGUAAAAUUAAUAUUAAACACAGUUAGCUUAUAUGGCGUAUAGAUUGUGAGAUGUCAUACCCAAGCUUAUAGUUGCUAAAUUAUUACUACGAUCUAAUAAAAUUAUAUACAAUUUGUGUCCAAUGCAAUUUUUCACAUACGCCUAAUUGAAAUUCGACUUCAAGUUCAACUUCUUCUAGAACUUCAGAAAAUAAAUAGAAAGUUUACUUGAUUUUAAUAUACAAAUGCUAUAUAUAGACUUUCCAGCAAAAUACCCCCUCUACUCAAGUUAGCACGUGAAAAUUCGGGAUAAUACAAUAUUCAUGCAUCUUGUAACAUUUUUAAAUAGAAUAUGGCAUCAUGUCAACGCUAUUUUGAUGCUCCUUGUGAGUGCUUCAUAACGCUAAGAUGUAAAAUCAUUAUUUUAAUCGAGCAUUUUUUUAUUUUAGUUUAAGAGAUUGAUAGAUUAUAAUUAUUAUUUUAAAUAUAAUGUUUAAAAUUUUAUUUUUAAUAUCUAUUCGGAUGGACCGUUCGAAAAGAAGCGUUUUGCAGAUUGAUUGUUCAGUUAUAAGCAACUCCAUAUACAAAAACUACCAACCUUGAUAGCCUCUCAUGCCACCAUUUUGAAAGGUGGUGAUUUUAUAUUCCAGGAAGAUCAAGUACUCAUAAGAAGCCUCAAAAUGAGGUAUCACACGAUCUCCCAUUUCAUUUAAAAUGUGUUCCAAAAUAGCGCCCAGCCACACUCUUGAGAUUCUCACCUGCUUCUUAUAGGAUAAAAUAUAGUAUUUAUCUUCAGUUCAUUACCCCAAAUCUCAGCUUGCUUACUUGAUCUUUUCAAAAAAUAAGUACGGGUUGAAGUCACAUGGAUCAGCAACACUCAAAGAAGAAAGAAUUCACAGUUUGUAUAUAUAGAUGAUAUUCUCAAACGAUAAUUAAUAGUACAAUACUUACCAGCCUCAAAAAAAAACAGUAAAUGGUUCACUAUAUUAUCUAUUCUUAGAGUCUGCAUCCAUUAGAACACCUCUCCAGUGCAGCUUUCACAAUUUGUCACAGAUUUUUUACCCGAGAAAUAUGAUUCAGUUGUGACUUAUUGAAUCAAAAUACUAUUAGUAAUGACAAAUCUAACAACAAUACUUUAUUGAAGCUUGAUGAUAGCGAAACAAUACAACUCAUUCACAUAAUGUCACCACAAGAAGAUUGUACCUCCUCUAAGUCGGAUAUUGUGGAGCAAAUAAUAGCCUUUUAGAAUGAGUUGAUAUACAUUUAAUUCAAACGAUUCUUGUUCGACUGUAACUGAAACACUUUGUAUUAAGCGGACACCGGUCAAUUGCCCCCAUCUAGUUCGGCUUUAAUCUAACACCUGAAACUUAUGAUUUCUAUGCUGAUAGGGUUCCAUGGAUAUCUGGCCGCCAAAUAAAACCAUAUAUAAUAAUAAUUUAAUUUUUUACAUUAUUUAUCAAGUUUUAGUGAAUAAGUUUAGAAAUAAAAAGCACAAAAGGAUAGUAUGGUUGUGAAUAGUCUGAUAUUACUCAAAAGCUAGGAGUACAUAUCUACAGUAUAUUCAGAUAAGAAAUAGACCGGACAUAAACAAGACCACGUGAUCAUCGAACGCUGUAACAUUCGGCAGGGACGUAUUAAGAGUCACGCAGUACAUAUUUUAGAUAGUAGAUGCUGCUUUGCGUAACUUUGUAGUAAAUUAGCACAAUUCGAUGUGUAUACGAUUGGUGAUGGAUAUAGGAUCAUGUGGGGGUGGGGUAAUGAUGUAAAUAUACAUAAGGGUUUCAAAAUUUUCGCUUCGAUUUCCAGCUUCGGAUGCCGCCUGAUGUUUGGUGAAAUACAGUCGAAUAUAAUCUCAAAAUGGCGUUUAAAUUAGCCUAAAUUAAAAAUAAUCGUAUAUCUCUUAAAAUUGCUUUUAGAAUAUUGAUUACUAUAUUUUUUGAUUUCUAGGUAAAUAUGUAACCAAAUUAAAACGUUCAAAACGUAAAAAAAUGUGCAUG